CCGUCAGUGUCUCGACUCCUUUGGGGUAGAUGCGCUUGCUUGAGCUAUUUCUAGCUCAACACCUCUCCCAGGACCCCGCAUGUCCAUUGCAUGCAAAGCCUCGAACUUCGACUAGCUCCAUCCUCGCUCAAUGCGCGUUACUGCAUCCUCCCAAUUGUCCAUUAUUCGCAAUUGACCGGCCCUUUAUGCGAGGGAGAAUUCGACAUGAGACCAACACGCUCAAACGCACACAAUCACAUCUUUCAUGCUCGCAUUCCUUCUUGAAUCCGUUACUUUUCCAGGGUGUGAAUAGCAGCCGACACGAGGACGGAGCUUCCGACGGCCUGGCCAGACGACGGGAACCAUGACGGACACCAGUGAGCCCAGGCCACCGACGUCGGCCUAUGAAAGUCCAACAUUCGGCGAGGACAGUUCAUUCCAUGUGGAGCAACCUGUUGGGUCUAUGUCCAUAUCGCCAUGUGGACGGGAUGUGGUGCUAGCUUCCAAGGAGGGUCUGCACGUUAUUGAUCUGGACUCGCCUUACUCCCCGCCCCGGUACUUGCCUCAUCACACACCGUGGGAGGUCGCGGAUGUCCAAUGGUCGCCAUUCGCGGCCCGAGACUAUUGGGUCGUCAGUACAUCGAAUCAGAAAGCACUGGUCUGGAACCUGGGGAUGAAGACUGCGGAGAGUUCAAUUGAACAUGUACUGCACGCCCACACGCGGGCGAUCACUGACAUCAACUUCUCGGCGCAUCAUCCGGACAUGUUGGCUACCUGUGCUGUUGAUAGUUUUGUCCACUGCUGGGAUUUGCGCAUCACCUCGAGGCCCGCCAUCUCAUUCUCCGACUGGUUUGCCGGCGCAACCCAGGUGAAGUGGAAUCGACAGGACCCUAAUGUGAUCGCGAGCUCGCAUGACAAGUUUCUGCGGAUCUGGGACAAACGGAUGGGCGCGUACCCGAUCACGUCCAUCCAAGCACAUGACACGAAGAUCUACGGCCUCGAUUGGAAUAGAGUACGACCUGGCGCUCUGACGACUUGCUCCCUCGAUCGGACGAUCAAGUUCUGGGAUUACACAGUCAAUACCGAGGUUCCCGAGAAGCUCAUCCGGGCACCGUUCCCGGUGUGGCGCGCACGAAACACCCCGUUCGGUUGGGGUGUCUUGGCCAUGCCGCAGAGAGGUAACAGUGAUCUUCACUUGUACAGUCGCAGACUCGGAGAGGGUGCCAAUCCCGGCGAGGAUCUUCCGUUGGUUCACAGCUUUCCGGGGCAUAAAGGUCAAGUGAAGGAGUUCCUAUGGAGAGCUCGUGGGGGUAUAGCUGAUGGGAUUGAUCAUAGAGAUUUUCAGCUCGUCUCGUGGGGCACCGAUCGAGAACUCCGAUUGCACAGGGUUGACCCAGAUAUCUUACAACGAGUGGGCUACGAGAAAGGAAAGUCGUUUAUAUCUAACUUUAAUCUUACCCGUAAAGGUGCGGUCUACAAGUCCUUUCGGGAUACGAACGCCGACCAAGAUGAUGAAGACACAGGGUCCCUCUCGCCCAAGACCCAACAAAGCGCCACACCACAAACUUCCCGCAACAAGGGGCUGAAUACGAUCUCUAUCCCAUAUGCGCGCGGCUGGACACAAGGUGGAGGCAACCCCGACUCCAGGAUAGGCAUGCAGGGGCGGACGAACGUUCGAGCCGAUACCAACCCUAUCGCAUGGAUGCGCGGUGUGAAGAUCUCUGGCUGGGAUAUCGAAACACUGGGUGAUGAGAUCACUCACGUCGGAGAGAAGUUCACUAAGGUAUCUUUUGAAUCCGUUGAUGUCAGGCAAAGGAAAGCGAUGAUAUCCCUCAACGGCCCGUGGGCUGCUGAUGGCGACUCUCUUUUCUUGAAAGUUGACAUCAAGUUUCCGAGCGAUUACCCCCGGGCCUCCAUUCCUAUAUUCAACGUACAGAAGACUGCCGCAGUUACCGAUGAGCUUGCCGACAAGCUCGUGGCAGAAACUCGGAAGAUAGCAGACACCUAUCUGACUCACAAGCGAGGCUGCUUGGAGGGGGUUCUCCGUUAUCUGUUGGGCGAAAGCACACUAGAGGAAAGUAUGGCAUGGCUUGGAGAAACAGCUGAGACUGUCAAAUCGCCAAUCAAUGGCCAGCUUGAGGGAGAGGAGUCAAGUGACGAAGACGAAGUCGGGCUAUCCCAAAGCCAGGACUUAGGCAUGAGUUCGGAAUUACUUCGUCCAGUCAAUGCCAACGUUAUGGUUCCUGUGGCCAAGGGGUGCGGCGCGUUGUGGGCAAAUGAUGGCCGCUUGGUGUGCUUCUUUCCCUCAAAGAAUGAUAAAUCGGCAGAAUGGAUGGAGAACCUGGGUUUGAGAGAGAUGUCCAGGCUAUCGAGAGCCGACAAAGUUUUUGAAGGCUUUGGCCGAUUGCAGACGAGCUCGCCUGGUCCGCGGCCUUCUGCUACGAUUGCUAGCACUGAUGAUGGUGCAUCGGAAUAUUCUGAUGAUUCGGACGCGGAGAGCUCCAGCUCUUCCGGGUCCUCGGGGAUCCUAUCAGGGCUGCAGCACCGAUUCCCGACUCCUCAAACAUGGAGGAGUGGUGGCAGUCUGGGGAUUUAUAGACCACGCUCUACAGAUAAUUCCCAGAGGUCCACAGCUGGAGCAGUGACCACGAAAUCGUCUGAUCCGCCUCAGAACGUGAUAUCGAUUCACGACUUCAGUGAUAUGCUACCGGCAAAACGCGAAUUGGCUGUCGGAUAUCGCAUCUGUGGCAAAGCCACGGAUGUAUGUGCCCACAAUUCUGCCGUUGCUCUCGAUCACGGGUACCACGAGCUAGCUCGAAUCUGGGGACUUCUAAGGCUCAUUCUUCACAACCGGAAAUCAUCGAUGCUUGCUUCUAGUCUUGAUCAACUAGGAAGGCCGCCGCGCAUUCAGCGAAAAGACAGUGCUAUUGAUCUUACUUAUGACGCGAAGAGCCAUAAUAGGAGCUCGAAGGGGUCCCAAGCCCCGUCAAUAAGAUGGGGGGAUCACCCUUUCGGUAGCCAUUGGCUCAUCCCAUCUCUAUUUGAUCACUUCGAACGAAUCGGCGAUGUGCAGAUGAUCGCGAUGCUAUCAUGUGUCCUGCACGAACCAAACAAUGAAGAGAUAUCAGCAAGGGAGAAGGCUCAUCAUAGUAGGAGUGUCUCUAAGCGCAUGGAAGAGCAUUCAUUUUCGUUCGACUUUUACCCUCCACAUACAGUGAUACAAAACAAAUCACAUACUGCGACUCCCCUUGCCACCACGCCAAAAGACAGCCAUACGACUCCCAUCACACACAGUUCCGGACGCUCAUCCUCCGAAAUUUGGCGUGUUGAUUCCACUCCUCCUUAUUCCACGGGAACAACCCCUCCCCUGAACUCUCGGGUUGCUGCCCUACCGGCAGACCGAAAAACUUGGAGUCAAAAUGUAUCAAUAGCAGCCUCCCCUGAUCAACAGUCGCAGCCUCGGAGUGCGUCGGGGCUUGGUUCUGUUCUUGCCUCUUCCCUUUCCCGGUCUUUCACCUUUGGGCCCUCUUCAGCGUCUCCUCCGGCCACUGCAUUGUCGAAGAAGAAGCAAAGUCCAAGUGGCAGCCUACACACGACCGGUGGAUCCGGCAUGUGGGUUACCAGUGCUCUUGCGGCAAAACCUGCUUCUGCGAUUCCGGACUAUUUGACUACCUCUACCGCGCUAACUUCACAAACCCAUUCCGACACGGAAAGUGAGCGACCGUCGCCUGCAAAACCCCGGGCGAAACUGCAAACAACAUUCAAGAACCAAAAUGCCUUCGACAGCGGUAGCUCACAAAACACGUUUCUUGACCCGAAGAAAGAAGGUCUAUACCAUUCAUAUCGAGCAGCAUACGCCCACCUACUUUCAAUCUGGGCAUUGCCCGUGCAACGUAGUGAGGUUCUCAAAAUUGGCGGUGUAGCUAGUUCUCUCAAGGGCCUGCAUGUUCCUCGCCAAAAUGCCAAUGGUCAUCAUGAUUCAUUCUCUUUUCCCAUCUCAAAGCAUCGGGGCGCGACCACGGUGCAUAUUGAUGAGGAGAACCAAGGCCUGGAUGUUCAACGCCAUUGCAACAAGUGUGGACAGGCACUACAACAUUCGAUUUUCGCCACAAAGGCUGCCGUAGAAACGUUGACUUCUAGGAGUCACAUGAAGGGGACAGCGACAUCCACCGUCACGUGCCCCAACUGCAAGCCAAAACAGUCACUUGCUCUGAAGUUGCCGUGCAUUAUCUGCGGCGAGGUUGUCGACGGAAUGCUUAUUCCCUGCCUCGGCUGCGGCCAUGUCAGCUGCUUUGAUUGCCAUCGAGGCUGGUUCUCCAUGGCAUCCGCAGAUACUCAUCCUGAUAAUCACGCCGAGCAAGAUGAGUACCGAUACUGUCCGAGCGGCUGCGGCUGCAAAUGCUCCGAUUUCAUCGACAUAGACCCCGCUUCACCCUGGGGCGUAACCACAGACCUAACGAGUCCCCAGGAGCGGGAAAACACCCAACAUCGGCAUCGAAGCAAGAAGUCUGAUGGGGCAGUCUCCACGAAGACUUCCGGUGAACACGCCACGGCAUCUAAUAGUGCACAACAUGGAGAAGAAGCAGAUCGAUCACAGAGCGCCUCGCCUUUUGCAUCCCUUGCAAAAGGCCUGGGUGGAGGACUGAGCAGAGGGCUGCGACUACGGGACGACAAAAGAAGAUCGAAGCUGUCGUCGACGUCAUUUGUCCCCAAGAAGACUUCGAUGAAUCAGGUCGAGAAUAGAUGAUGGUCAUUUGUAUCAGUGCUUCUAGCUAGCGACAAGUUAUGUAUACCCC